GAAAUAAAAAGCCCUAAAGGUUCCCGUUGCCCUCCGCCUCUCUCAUUAGGUCUCCGUAUAAAGAAGAACGAGAGGCUGAGCAAAAUCCUCAGAUCUCACAGAGACAUCCUCGCGAUUCUCCAGGGGUUAAUCGGUGGACUGACCAAUGGCGGAUCAAGUUAGCCACCCGACUGUUUUCCAGAAGAUGUCAGGCCAGUUUCAUCUAAGUUCUAGUUAUCCCCGUCAGAAUGUCUACAGGCCUUCCAUGUAUGAGAGACGCAUUUCAACUAGCUCCUAUGUGAACGGGGGCUUACAAAUGCCUUUGAGAGGCUCUGAGUUUUCUAUGGUGCCAACUGUACCCCAAGUGUAUGCUCAUGCACCAGCAGAGAAAAGUUUUGUGGUUGAUUUCCUCAUGGGUGGAGUAUCUGCUGCUGUCUCCAAAACCGCGGCUGCUCCUAUUGAGCGUGUGAAGCUUCUUAUCCAGAAUCAAGAUGAGAUGCUCAAGGCUGGUCGUCUAUCUGAGCCAUACAAGGGAAUUGGAGAAUGUUUUAAGCGAACAAUUAAGGAGGAAGGAUUUGGCUCUUUGUGGAGAGGAAACACUGCUAACGUUAUCCGUUAUUUCCCAACUCAGGCAUUGAACUUUGCAUUCAAGGAUUACUUCAAGAGGUUAUUUAAUUUCAAGAAGGACAGGGAUGGUUACUGGAAGUGGUUUGCUGGAAAUCUUGCUUCUGGUGGUGCUGCUGGUGCCUCUUCCCUAUUGUUUGUUUACUCACUGGAUUACGCUCGUACCCGUUUGGCUAAUGAUGCUAAGGCUGCGAAGAAGGGAGGGGAGAGACAGUUCAAUGGUCUCGUUGAUGUUUACAAGAAGACGCUGAAAACUGAUGGCGUUGCUGGACUGUACCGUGGCUUUAACAUUUCCUGCGUUGGAAUCAUCGUUUAUCGAGGACUUUAUUUUGGAUUGUACGAUUCUCUCAAGCCCGUUGUUCUUACUGGAAAGCUGCAGGACAAUUUCUUGGCUAGCUUCGCUUUGGGUUGGGUAAUCACCAACGGAGCUGGACUCGCAUCCUACCCCAUUGACACGGUCCGUAGAAGAAUGAUGAUGACCUCCGGAGAAGCCGUAAAGUACAAGAGCUCUCUUGACGCCUUCCAACAAAUUCUCAAAAACGAGGGUCCCAAGUCUCUAUUCAAGGGAGCAGGUGCCAACAUCCUCCGUGCAAUUGCCGGUGCUGGUGUGCUCUCUGGUUAUGACAAGCUGCAGUUACUUCUCUUGGGAAAGAAGUACGGUUCUGGUGGAGCUUAAGUAGUGUUGCAUUCGCCGAAUCGAUGGUGAUGAAAAUUAAAACUUCAGAUUUUCGUUCUGAGUUUUAGGAUUUUCUUAGGAUGAAUUCAAGUUCUUAAUAAUUUUUUUCUCUACGAGGGGAUUUCUCCCUUAAAAUUUUUUGCUAUGGAGAUUUAGUUCUCUGAAACUUCAUUUUACUACUGUUGGAGCAUGCGGUAACUUUCUUUUGUUGCGGGAGUCAAAUGUCUAAGACUAUUUAUUAAUACAUAGUAAUAUCACUGCGAAGUUUUAUUCAAUUAAAAAGCUUUCUGUGUUGGU